UUGACUCCACAGGAACAGGCAAACCUGACUGGAACAGAAUGAAAUACUCAGGAAUCUUACAGGUAGCACGAAUUUACUAUCCAAUACUUGCAGCUGUUGGCAUUAUUGUUAACUUAGUGGGAAUUGUCAUCCUGAAUCGAGGCAAUUGUGGACUCUCGAAAUGCAUCACUUGCUACUUGUUGGCAAUGUCUACAGCAGAUCUACUUCUCGUCAUCCUUAAUGUCAUACUGAACAGAAUUAACAAUCUUUAUUUCCCAGUUACUUUCUUAUCCAUCACUCCUGUGUGUGCCUCAAGAGUUGUUCUGUGCCUUGCAGCCCUGGACUGUUCAGUUUGGUUCACAGUUGCUUUUACAUUUGAUCGGUUUGUAGCGAUUUGCUGCCAGAAGCUGAGAGCAAAAUAUUGCAACAAGAGAACUGCAUUUGCAGUCAUAGUAACUGUGAGUGUGGUCUGCUGUUUACGGUCAAUUACUUGGUAUUUUGUAUUAAUUCCUGCAUUUGUAAUUGACAAUGUACCAUGGUUUUGCAUCAUCACAUCAGACUAUUACACGUCAUUAUUUUGGAAAGUGAAUGAAUGGGUUGACAUUAUAAUUAUACCAUUGCUUCCAAUCACAUUGAUUUUGGUGUUCAAUGCACUGACUAUCAGGCAUAUUAUAACAGCCAACCGUAUCCGCUGUCGCCUCCAGCUCCAUGGAAACGGGAAGAAUAAUACUGAUCCAGAGGUUGUAAACCGAAGAAAAUCCAUCAUCUUGCUUUUUGCAUUGUCUGCUAAUUUUGUACUAUUCUGGAUGACACAUGUUAUUCGGUCUUUAAUCUGGCAAGAAGUAAACUAUAAUUAUGAAGACAAGACUUUAAAUGAUCCAACAUUUGUCUUUCAAGAAAUUGGAUUCAUGUUACGGCUUCUGAAUUCAUGCACCAACACCUGUAUAUACGCUCUAACGCAGACUAAAUUCAGGGAGGAGUUAAUCAAUGGAGUAAAGUAUCCGUUUACUCAAAUUGUUAAACUAUGCAAAUAAGCAUACAUAUCUGACCUUAAUGUAAAGAUGCAUUUCCAGUUAUGCUUCAGAAAGGAUUUGUGGAAUUUUCCU